GAGUUUGUUUAGUGGCCCAUUUUUGUUUUUAUUUAAAAAAAAAAGAGAACACUAACUUUUCUGAACUCUCUUGAACCAAAAUCCUAAAUCUAGGGUUAGGGAUUCCAAUCCCCAAAUCCACUUUCUCCUCUGAUACUUUCCCCUCCCUCUAUUCUUUCCCCUCCUAAUCAUUCUCUCUCUCUCUCUCUCUCUCUCUGUGGCGGAAAUUACGACAAUCUAUUCACCCAUCAUUCUAGCCUAGUUUCCAGCGUCCCGAACAAACCAUUUCCAUUAUCAUGGUCUCAAUUUCCUGGCAAAAUCUCGUAGAGUUCUGUUUUUCUCGUUCUAGCUCUUGUCCUAGUACCAUUCUCUGUUCGAAUUGGUGUGGAUUUCGGGUUUCAUAGGUUCCGUGAUUCGUCAAUUGGCAAUUUGGGACAGAAUACGACUCUCUCUCUCUCUCUCUCUCUCAUCUUUGUGUCCGUGGAGUUGGAUGCAAUAGAUUCGUUGAUAUGUGUUGUCGAUAACUGUGUGAAUAUAUCUAAUUUGUCAAUUAGGGCUUCCAUUUCUCCUUUUUGUUUUGUAAAUCUGUUCAUAGUACUGUAUAAGUUGUUUUUACGAAUUUGUAAGUGAGUUAUGCGUAUAGAAGAAUUGAAGUGUGGUGGUGAGGUGGAAGGAAAUGGAGAGGAAGAGAGGUCAUCAAGCUUUGGGGGCUAUGAUGCAAAGAAGGUUUUGGUUGGAGCGGGGGCUCGCGCGCUUUUCUAUCCCACGCUGCUUUACAAUGUUGUAAGGAACAAGAUUCAGGCCGAAUUUCGAUGGUGGGAUAAGGUUGACGAGUUCAUAUUAUUAGGUGCUGUUCCAUUUCCAAUUGAUGUUCCCCGUCUGAAGGAGCUUGGUGUUCGUGGGGUUGUCACAUUGAAUGAGUCAUAUGAGACUUUGGUUCCAACAACAUUAUAUUAUGCUCAUGGAAUUGACCAUCUAGUGAUUCCUACUAGAGAUUACUGUUUUGCUCCAUUGUUGCAUGAUAUAUGCCGUGCUGUGGACUUCAUACAUGAAAAUGCAUUAUCUGGACACACUACAUAUGUCCACUGCAAAGCUGGGCGUGGUCGCAGCACAACUGUUGUUAUUUGUUAUCUGGUGCACCACAAACUAAUGACACCGGAGGGUGCAUAUGAUUAUGUGAAGUCAAUUCGACCAAGGGUGCUUUUGGCUUCAUCUCAGUGGCAAGCUGUUCAGGAUUACUACCGCUACCUCAUGGGGAGAAGAUUUGUUGGACAUGCACCUUUUGCAGAUCUAUUUGUAAAGACUAAGGCUUCUGAGGCAGCAAUAGCUUCAAGAAAUCAUAUGAUGUUUGACGAUAAUUCUGUAGUUGUGAUAACUGAGUCAGAUCUUGAAGGAUAUGAUCCAAGCAUUCAAUUGCAAACUAUGCCUAGUGAAAUUUGGGCAGAUUUAAGUGUGGUUUACCGUGUAGGGGUUGCUGGACGGGCAGCACUGGCAAGAAUCUCAUGCCUUUGGCUGCAGUGUGGUCCUAACCAGAAGAUUUCUGCGGAGAAACUUACCAGUGAUGACAGUUGCUCAAUCCGGAGUAAUAGCAAUAACUUGGGAGGAAUUAGUAUCAAUAUCCAUGUGUACUGAAAAACCAACUUAGUUGCCCACAAGUUUGACACUUGCCCAAUAAUAAUUCAUGUUUUGUGGGUCUGUCUGUAUCUACAAGUAUUGUUUUUCCCUUUUCUUUUUCCCUUAUGUAUAUUCUGAUGCUUGCUCACCUUAACUAAAAUGAUAUCUUAUACGGAUCAAUCAAUUCUGAAAUAUAGGACAACUGCUAUUUUAUGAACUUAGGCAUUGAUGUUCUAUUUUAUGUAGUGAUAGGUUUCUAGAUUCUUUGUUGAUCUGAAUUUCAUGUACAUAAACUACAUCAACCCUGAUCUCUAGACCAGAGCAAUUUUUUUCAUCAUCUAUUUCAUAAAUAUUACUAAUCUUUUUUUGUUUUUUUU